UUUAGUGAGUCCAGCUUACUUCAUAAUAUAAAGUACAGAUUACUGCUUUCAAAUAACAUGUUGUGUUCUUGUUUUAUAGGUGUUGUUCGGCACUGCAGAUGGUCAAGUUAUAGUAAUGGAUUGCCAUGGCAGAAUGCUUGCUCACGUUCUCUUACAUGAAUCUGAUGGUAUAGUGAGCAUGUCAUGGAAUUACCCAAGCUUUCUAGUGGAAGACAGCAGUGAAAGUGACACAGACUCUGAUGACUAUUCACCUCCACAAGAUGGCCCUGCCGCAUAUCCUAUUCCAGUGGAGAACAUCAAGCCACUGCUUACAGUGGGAUUUACUUCUGGGGAUAUUAGUUUGAUGAACAAUUAUGAUGACUUGUCACCAACCAUCAUCCGCUCAGGGCUUAAAGAUGUAGUAGUUCAGUGGUGCACGCAAGGAGAUUUGCUUGCUGUUGCGGGGAUGGAGAAACAGAACCUUUUGCCAGAUCUUGGAAAUGGUCCCUCUUUGAAGAGUGCCCUUAUAAAGUUUUAUAAUGUGCGUGGAGAACAUAUCUAUACUCUGGAGACUCCAGUACAGCGUCCUAUCACUUCCAUUUGCUGGGGCCAUAGAGAUUCCCGCCUUUUCCUGGCCUCUGGUCCGGCGCUGUAUGUUGUACGUGUAGAGCAUAGGGUUGCUAGUUUACAGCUUCUCUGUCAGCAAGCAAUUGCCAGCUCCUUACGCGAUGACAAAGAUAUCAGCAAACUAAGUCUGCCUCCUCGGCUCUGCUCUUACCUCACCACCGCCUUUAUACCUACCAUUAAGCCUCCCAUUCCUGACCCUAAUAACAUGCGAGAUUUUGUGAGUUACCCUACAUCUGGAAAUGAGAGGUUGCACUGCACUAUGAAGAGGACAGAGGAUGAUCCAGUGGUUGGAGGACCGUGCUAUACUCUUUACUUGGAAUACCUGGGUGGACUGGUGCCUGUUCUCAAAGGGCGAAGAAUAAGUAAACUGCGUCCAGAGUUUGUAAUUAUGGAUCCUAAAACAGAUGGAAAAGCAGAUGAAAUCUAUGGCAAUGGAUUGAUCUCCGCAGUUAUCGACAGCUGUAAUUGCUCAGAUUCCAGUGAUAUCGAACUUAGUGAUGACUGGGCAGCUAAGAAAUCUCCGAAGGUUACAAGAGCCAGUAAAUCUCCCAAACUCCCCAGAAUUAACAUAGAAGCAAGAAAAUCUCCAAAGUUAUCCCGAGCCACUCAAGAGAUUACCAGGUCUCCUCGAUUACCUAUACGGAAACCUUCAAUUGGGUCACCAAGCCUAACUCGCAGAGAGUUUCCUCUGGACGACAUUACUCAGCAAAACUAUCUUGCUCAGGUCACAUCCAACAUAUGGGGAACCAAGUUUAAAAUUGUAGGAUUGGCAGCCUUCUUACCAGCUAAUCUUGGGGCAGUUAUUUAUAAAACGAGUUUGCUACACCUUCAACCAAGACAGAUGACCAUCUACCUUCCAGAAGUGCGGAAAAUUUCAAUGGAUUAUAUUAAUUUGCCAGUAUUUAACACAAAUGUUUUCAGUGAAGAUGAAGAUGACUUACCUGCAACUGGAACUUCUGGGGCACCAGAAAACAACCCCCCUUGCACUGUGAAUAUCCCCAUUGCACCAAUUCAUAGCUCUGCGCAAGCUAUGUCACCAACUCAAAGCAUAGGCUUGGUUCAGUCUUUGUUAGCCAAUCAAAAUGUACAGCUAGAUGUCUUGGCCAAUCAAAUGGUAGCUCCUGCUCCUCCGGAUCAUCCAGUAGAAAAUGCUGUUCAGUAUCCUGCACCAAAUAGAUAUUCCAAUCCAGGGCAGGUCAUAUUUGGUGGAGUUGAAAUGGGACGCAUGUUACAACCCACUCAUCCUCCUUUACCACACCCAUCACAGGCUACUGUUCAGAUCCCACCUGUUGAAAACAAUGAAAGAGACCAUGAGCAUCCUCAAAAGCCAAAACCAUUACGUCCAGUCCCUCAGUUUGCAGAUGGAGAUGCUGUUGUUUUCACUACUGUUCAAGAAAUGCAAAUAAACAAACUCAACCCCCCACCUCCGUAUCCAGGAACUAUACCAGCUCCUCCAACUUCAGCUGCACCUCCACCACCAAUCCCUCAACCUCCUUUGGACCUCUGCCUCAAGAAGGGAGACUUUUCCCUCUUCACAAGUGGGCACUACCAAACUCCACUAGGAUAUGAGCGUAUAACAACAUUUGAUAGUAGUGGGAAUGUGGAAGAAGUGUGCAGGCCACGGACACGAAUGCUCUGCACACAGAACACCUAUACUCUUCCAGGCCCAGGAAGUUCUGCAACCUUAAGGGUUUCUGCAACAGAAAAAAAGAUUAAGCAACCAUGCACCAGUGCCACAUUGAAUAGGUUGACUGUUCCCCGUUAUUCUAUACCACCUGGAGAUCCACCACCAUAUCCUGAAAUUGCAGCACAGCUUGCUCAAGGAAGAAGUGCUUCUCAGAGAAUAGACAGCAGUCUUAUUCAUGCUACUCUGCGCAGAAAUAGUCGUGAAGCAACUCUUAAAAUGGCCCAAAUGACAGAUAAUCAAAGAGCAACAUUGCAACAUCCUCCUAAAACAAAAAGCAGUGUUGUACCUGGACAGUUUCAACCACGGGCACCAGCAGCGUUGUACACUUGCAGCCAAUGCAGCAGUAGCACUUGUGGUCCACAGCAGAGUACCGUUAUUGUUCACUCUGCUAGUACUGCCCCUUUAGCAUCUCAGUCAUCAUAUAAUUUAUUAAGUCCCCCUGAAAGCUGUCGAGACAGGACAGAUUAUAUUAAUUCUGCUUUUACAGAAGAUGAAUCAGUUUCCCAACACUGCCCAGUAGAAAAGCCAACCAGGCAUUUAAAUCUGGCUGAGACAGGACUUACAAUAAAGCGGCCCCCACCAUAUCAGUGGGACCCACUGGUAAGUGAAGAUGUAUGGGUUCCCCAGGAAAGAACAGCUCAUAAUACAUUGCCAAUGCCCCAGAGACCACCCCCUCUAAUCCUUGGACAAGGUCAGCACUUAGAUAUGUCUCGUGUGCCAUUUAUUUCCCCAAAGUCACCCACCAGCCCUAUUUCAACAUUCCAGACAAGUUAUGGAGUUGGGAUGACAUAUAACAGUGGUUAUAAUGUCCCACCUCCUCUUCAGCAAGUACCAAAACCUUGCUCUCCAAAGGAAGCUUUACCUCCAGCACAGUUUGUGCAGCAAGAGCCCGCUAUAAUAGUACAGCCAGCAUACCCACCCAAUUUGCCUUGCUGUCCCUUGCCACCAAUGUAUCCAGGAAGUAGUAAUUGCAAUGGCUUGCAGCUUCCUCCAGUGGCACUACACCCAUGGAACACAUACAGCCCAUGCCCACCAGCGCCGAGUUCACAGUCUACAUUACCACCGAAACCUCUUUUGGUGCCGGAAAAGCCUGUCAUGUCUCCAUCUCAGCCAGAGGUGCAAAAUAAUGUGGGCAGUGAAGUCAUGGUGGAAACUGCAGAUAACUUCCAGGAAGUUCUGUCAUUAACAGAGAGCCCUGUAGCUCAGAGAACUGACAAAUUUCCUAAAAAAAAUAGAAAACGUUUAGAUAGCAGAGCGGAAGAAGGAAAUGUUCAGGCCAUCACUGAGGGCAAGGUGAAAAAAGAAGCAAAGACCCUGAGUGACUUUAACUCUCUCAUAGCCAGUCCUAGGCUUGGAAGAGAAAAAAAAGAAGGUUAA